AUGCGUCAAGGUGGAGUAAAUUCUUUUGUUCAUAGAGAAUUUAGGGGUUGGAACAAGAAAUCCCGAUUAGAAGCUCAUGUUCGAAAAUGUGGUAGUGCACACAAUGUAGCCAUUCAUAAACGUCAAGAUUUGAUGAAGCAACCUCAAUUUAUCCAAUCCGCUUUUGAUAGGCAAACGGAGGAAGCCCAGAGUGAGUAUAGAGUUUGUCUAGAGACAUCUAUUGAUUGUUUUGCUCACAAUGAGAAAGUGAAUAGUGUUAUAUUGUCUAAUGCUCCUGUAAAUUAUCAAAUGGUUGCUUCUUCUAUUCAAAAAGAUAUUGUAUAUGUUGCUAAACUUGUAAAAGAAACUUGCAAUGCCAUAAUUACAGAAGUAGGUGAUGACUUCGUUGGUAUUUUAAUGGAUGAAUCUGCUAAUGUGUCAUGCAAAGAGCAAAUGGCAGCAACUUUCCAUUAUGUUGAUGAAAGAGGAUUUCUCAUGGAGCGAUCUAUUGGAAUUGUUCAUAAUCAUUUUGACACUAAUGAUUUCUUUGACGUGCUUGGUCAUUUGUUGAAUGUGGUUGGAGGUUCUUGUAAACGUCGAGAUAAAAUUAGAGAGAAGAAAGCAGAACAAAUUGCUAAAUCAUUACAAAUUGAAGAGUUUGAAAGUGGGCGAGGCUUGAAACAAGAAAUGGCUCUUAAGAAGCCAACUGAUACUCAUGGAGGAUCUCAUUAUAGAACACUAUUGAAUUUGAUGGAGAAGUUACUUAAAAUGACCGAAUUCUAUCCAUAUGAAUUUUCCGUUAUUGAGAUCUUGGCACUUAAGAAUCAGCUUGAUAAUUAUAUUGUUGAUGUGCACAGAGAUGCAAUGUUUGCCAAUCUGAAGGGAAUCAGUGAUCUUUCAAAGAAAGUGGCGGAGACCAAAAAGCAUAAUGUCUAUCCUUUGGUUUAUUUGCUUUUGAAGAUGGCAUUGACUUUGCUCAUGGCUACAACAAGCAUUGAAAGAGCUUUUUAUGCAAUAAAGUUGAUAAAGAAUAGAUUACGAAAUAAAAUGAGUGACGCUUGA